AUGUCGCAAGAACCGCAAGAAACAACGGCUACGACGGCACGCAGUAGUGGCACUGGCAGCCCGGUCCCGGAAACGAUGCAGGCUUGGGUCUACGAGUCGGCCAAGGGUGGUAUGGAGCACCGCAUGCGCCUUGUGAGCGACUACCCAGUGCCAGAGACGUUCAGGCUUCUGAAGCCGGGCAGCGAUGCGAUCGUGGUGUGUGUUCUGGCGGCGGCAGUGAACCCGGUCGACUACAAAAUCCCGGAGCUGCCGGUGGUCGGCCGGUUUCUGCCGCGACGACCAGCGACACCAGCAUCCGAUUUUUGCGGCCGCGUGGUGGCAGCAACAGCGCCCGGGUUCGUUCCAGGACAGCUAGUGGCCGGCAAGACAAACAACAUGGCACAGCACGGCGCACUGGCCCAGUAUGUCCUCGCCCAGAGCAGCGGCUGCGUAGUCGUGCCCGAGGGCGUGGAUGUUGACCAGGCGGCCUCGAUCGGCAUCUGUGGUCCCACGGCCUGGAACGCGUUGGUACCGCAGCUCAAGGCCGUUCAGGCAAAAAGCGAGAGUCUUCCGGCCGGGGCGGGAGCUCCCAUUCCCUGCGUCUUCAUCAACGGCGGCAGCGGCGGCGUCGGCUGCUUCGCCAUCCAGAUUGCAAAGGCCCAAGGCUACCACGUCACCACGACGUGCUCCACACGCAACGUCGAGUUUUGCCGGAGCCUGGGCGCCGAUGUUGUCAUCGACUACAGCUCCACGAGCGUUGCCGAUACCCUCGCAGCCCAAUCAGCCACCAGCCAGGCUCAGCACCCCUUUGAUCUCGCCGUCGACCUCGUCGGUGCGCCCUUUGCCCUCUACAAGGCGGCUGAUAGCUGCCUGGUGCAAAAUGGUCGCUACGUGCAGGUCGCCGUGUCCUCUAUCACGGAAGCGCUGUGGAUUAACGUGCUGCCGAGCUUCCUGGGUGGUGGUCACCACGCGCGACCGGUACUCAUGAAUGAUAACGAUCCUGCGGCCGAGCGGUUGGUGCUGGACCUUAUUGCGCAGAGGAAAAUCAAAGUGCCCAUCGAAGAAGUCGUGUCGUUUGAUGAUGCUCCACGGGCAUACACAAUGCUUAAGACGCAUCGGACACGCGGCAAGAUCAUAGUCCGGGUAGCACAGGACGACUGA